AUGUGUACAGAUGAAAUCAAUGGAUACACUUGUACUUGUGACCCUGGAUAUGCCGGUGUUAACUGUGAAGAAAAUUUUGAUGAAUGCGGUUCUAAUCCAUGCCAGCAUGGUGGUACAUGUAUAGAUUUGAUAAACGGCUACACUUGUAAUUGCUAUCCGGCAUAUCAAGGAACUCACUGUGCAGAGAGAAAUGAUUUAUUUGAUGUAAAGUAUACACUUGAGGAGCACCAAAGUAUCCAUGUUUCUAUUAAGUCAUCUCUAGUUCUAUCACGAUUAAACUGUGCCAGAAUUUAUAUUGAUGAAUGUGUUUCAAAUCAAUGUCAACAUGGCGGAAUGUGUACAAAUGAAAUCAAUGGAUACAGUUGUACUUGUGACUCAGGAUAUGCCGGUGUUAACUGCGAGGAAAAUAUAAAUGAAUGUGAUUCAAGUCCCUGUCAACAUAGUGGUACGUGUACAGAUGGAAUCAAUGAAUACAUGUGUGCAUGUGUCCCAGGAUACACGGGAAGUAACUGUGAAGAAAAUUUUGAUGAAUGCGGUUCCAAUCCGUGUCAGCAUGGUGGUACAUGUACAGAUGUGAUAAAUGGAUACACUUGUAAUUGCUAUCCGGCUUACCACGGAACUGAUUGUGCAGAGAGACACGAUUUAUUUGAUGUAAAGUAUACUCUGGAGGAGCACCAAAGUACCCAUGUUUCAAUAAAGUCAUCUCUAGUUCUAUCACGAUUAAAAUGUGCCAGAAUGUGUACGUUCAAUCCCGAUUGCUACGGAUUCGACUAUAAUGUUACUGGUCAUACAUGUCAGAUGAUUUCAGCAAUUUCAACAAGAGCUUUUGGAAAAGUGAACUAUUAUGUCAAACACUUUUAA